AUGUUCAGAGCGGCGCUCGCGUGUUGCAGAUGUGCAGCCUGGCAGCGCUGGCGCGCGGCUGCCGGCCCGCCGCCGCCGCCGCCAAGCCCUGCUGUCUGUGCUGGUGCUGCUGCUGCUCCUGCUCCUGGGCUAAAUGGUGAGUGCAGAGAGGUCGCGCGCCCUGUCCGCCUGUAUUCAGUAGGCAGUAGCCGCGCGCGCCGCCGCCGCCAGCCCACGUACUGUGGACAUCCUCGAAGCUGCCUGGCGGUGCGCGGCUCGGAGGGCGGGCCCGGCAAGAAGCCGGAGCCAGGCCCGCAGGAGCCGCCUCUCAGCGACGGAGACGCGCCGCCCACGUUAGAGGAGAUCCAGAGCUGGGGCCAGUCGUUCGACCGCCUCAUGCGCAGCGCAGCCGGACGGAAAGUGUUUCGCGACUUCCUACGCGGCGAGUACUCUGAGGAGAACAUUAUGUUUUGGCUCGCGUGCGAAGAGCUCAAGCGAGAGACAGACCCCGACGCCGUCGAGGAGAAGGCGCGCUUCAUCUACGAGGACUACAUCUCCAUCCUGUCGCCCAAGGAGGUGUCGCUGGACUCGCGCGUGCGGGAGAUCGUCAACCGCAACAUGGUGGAGCCGACGCCGCACACCUUCGACGAGGCGCAGCUGCAGAUCUACACGCUGAUGCACCGCGACUCGUACCCGCGCUUCGUCAACUCGCCGCUGUACAAGACGCUCGCGCGCCUGUCCAGCGCCGAGCCGCCGGGCGCGCCGUCCGCGGCGCAGCCCGCCUCUCCGGGGCAGGCGCAGGCGCCGAGUGCGCAGUGACGUCAUCGCACCCCUCCUCACGUGUAAAUAGACUCGAUAUACAUUCAUUUAAACGGGUACUAAUUUUGUACAUAGCUAGGUUAAGUGUCUCGAGUAGGAGCGGCGCGCGCCGCCGCGGCCACUUCGCUGGUCCACCGACCCGCGCGCCCCGCGCCCCGCGCCCCGCGCCCCGCCC